AUGAUUGUGGAGUCCGCGAUGAUGGCUGCUUAUCAAAGCCCGGAGGAGGAGGCUGCUCUGGCGCUCAUCAUCCACGACACCGCGGCCAAAGACAAGGAACGGACCAAAGAGGAGUCGGUGCAGGACAAGGGCGUAGAGAAGCCAGACCCGACCCAGAAGCCGCCCUACUCCUACGUGGCCCUGAUCGCCAUGGCCAUCCGCGAGAGCUCCGAGAAACGCCUGACGCUGUCCGGGAUCUACCAGUAUAUCAUCAGCAAGUUCCCCUUCUACGAGAAAAACAAGAAAGGCUGGCAGAACAGCAUCCGCCACAACCUCAGCCUCAACGAGUGCUUCAUCAAGGUCCCGCGGGAGGGAGGAGGCGAGAGGAAGGGCAACUACUGGACCCUGGACCCGGCCUGCGAGGACAUGUUCGAGAAAGGCAACUACCGCAGAAGGCGUCGGAUGAAGCGGCCGUUCAGACCUCCCCCGACGCACUUCCAGCCCGGGAAGUCUCUUUUCGGAGGCGAUGGCUACGGGUAUCUGUCCCCGCCCAAGUAUCUGCAGUCCAGCUUCAUGAACAACUCGUGGUCCCUGGCUCAGCCUCCUGCGCCUAUGUCCUACGCGUCCUGUCAGAUGUCCGGCGGUAACGUGAGUCCCGUGAAUGUCAAAGGCCUGUCCGGGCCCUCCUCCUACAGCCCGUACUCCCGGGUGCAGAGCAUGGCGCUGCCCGGGAUGGUGAACACUUACAACGGCAUGAGUCACCACCACCACCACCACCACCCCGCGCACCCGCACCCGCAGCAGCUGAGUCCGGCCUCCGCGGCUCCUCCUCCGGGCUCCUCCGGGAACAGCCCCGGCCUCCAGUUCUCCUGCUCCCGUCAGCCCGAGCUGUCCAUGAUGCACUGCUCCUACUGGGAGCACGAGAGCAAACACUCGUUACACACGAGGAUCGAUAUCUAG